AUGAAUGAAUAUGUCCGCCGACUCGCCUCUAAAGAAUUCCCCUCUGAAGCAAUUCCCUCCGUUUCUUCAAACAUCAAGCAUCGGAUCAUGAAGUCAGCCGUAACAAGCGAGCAGAAAGUGCAGUUGUUUCCAGUCCGAGAAGAUCUUCGAUUGAUACCAAUUUCCCUUCAAGAGCGAGCAGAAAUCACGGAAUUCUACAAAAAAGAAGCGUCUCUUAUCACUGGAAGUUUCAUUCUCCCCCGAUUUCUGCGCAUUUUCCCGAUUGAUUCUCGUUUCUUCAAGCUCGCAACUGGAUUCACUGCUGGUUUCUGCCUCUCUGCCCUUUAUAUUUCUUUAAUUUUGCCUUCAAAGAUUCAGUCUUUCGUCGGAAUGGACCGAGGCUAUCCAAACCGAAAGAAGAACUUGGGAAUCAUUUGCGACGCUGUAAAGAGCCUGAUGCCCGAGACGAAUGUUUUUGUAAACGAUAGGGACGAUAUUAUUCUAGAUCAAAAGUGGAAGAUUUCCGGCAGCGCGGCGCGAUUGUUGAGAUUGGAAGCGCUUCAUCAUUGCACUCUCCUUGUUGAUUCCGAUGUUGGAAUUUUAAAUCAAGUUCUGACCUCCAACUCCGACAUCGAAACUAGUGCUACUCGCUCCCUCCGCGUCGAUGUGAAAACCCUUUCUGAUGUUGGAAUCAACGAUAAUCAAGCGCUGGAGACUUCGCUGGCGAAAAACUGGGGCAAAACUUAUGAAGAAAAUUUUGAAAACGUCGAAAUAGUGAAUCCAGAAGAGCUUGACGAGAUUCAAGAAAGAGUGGAAGAGCUGAAGAGAUGGAAAUGGAUCUUUGGCCAAACACCUAAAUUUACGCUGGAAACGGAAGAUUCAAUCAUUACUUGUUCAAAAGGAAAGAUCCUCUCCGUUCGCCUCAAAUCUGGUAUGGAACUCUCCGCAUUCGAAGGAGUCAUGCUCGAUAAUCUGGAAACUCUUGCGACCUACUCGGAAAUCGAAGAACUCGCGAAAAAGCAGAUCAUUCUUGCACUGGAAUAG